GUGUGCGGAACGUUCCCCCGCCCAAGCACAUAUGAGAGUAGAAGCGGAACGGCUAAAGCACAAGGCAAAAACUAUCCUUCGCACGUUAGGCGCAUGCGGAGCCGACACAUCGCCAAGCCACUCCAAAAGGAUGGACGCACAGACGAAACUAAAUCUACAGGAACGGCGUAAAGCUCGCUCGCUCAUCAAAACCGUCAUCAAUGUUGUGCACAAGUUUCUCAUCCUGCUCGUACGGUGGCUUUCGCGUACGAUCUAUGGUGAACACGGCAAACGGAUGCCCCCGAUCACUAACCUCAUACUGAUGGAAUCGGCCACCUCGCUCGCGACUAAAAUUCGUACACGCAAGCUCACGAGCGUCGAGGUAACGCAAGCCUUCAUUGACCGAUGCCGGGAGGUGAACCCACUGCUAAACUGUGUGGUCGACGAGCGGUUCGAGGAAGCGCUCAAAGAUGCGGAACGGGCAGACAAGCUGGUCGCCUCCGGUACGUUGACCGUCGAGCAGCUCGAGCGCGAAAAACCAUUCCUCGGUGUGCCGAUAUCCACGAAGGACUGCAUACGGGUGCAGGGUCUUCUGCACACGUCCGGCAUAUGGAAUCGACGGAACAUACGCGGCGACAAGGAUGCACGCGCGAUGGAACUGAUGCGACGGGCAGGUGCCAUACCCUUUGCCCUGACGAACGUGUCCGAGUGUUGCAUGUGGUGGGAAAGUGUUAAUACUAUUCACGGUCGCUCGAGAAACCCUUACGACGCGAAUCGUAUCGUCGGAGGCUCCAGUGGUGGUGAAGGAUGCAUCCAGGCGGCGGCCGCUUCUGCGUUUGGCUUGGGUUCGGACAUCGGUGGAUCGAUCCGUAUGCCCGCCUUCUUCAACGGUAUCUUCGGCCACAAACCGACCAAGUUUGUCGUCUCAAACGAAGGCCAAUACCCGGUGGCGCUGUCGGAGGAACAAAAUUCAUUCCUAGGUAUCGGACCCAUGUGUCGCUAUGCCACCGAUCUAAAGCCGAUGCUGCGAAUCAUUGCCGACGAGAAUGCGACCAAACUACGACUGGAUGAGCCCGUCGAUCUGAAGCAGGUGAAAUUCUUCUACCAAAUUAACGAUGGCGGAGCACAUCUGGUUUCGCCCGUCGAUCUGGACAUCCGCGAUGCGAUGGAGAAGGUGAUGGCACACUUCCGUACCACCGUAAAGGCGGAAGUGAAGAAGGUGUAUCUGGACAAGAUGCGCAAAUCGGCCCCGAUGUGGUUGGCAAACAUGAAAACUCCGUCCAAGGUUGGGUUCGAUUCGCAGCUAACGAAUCUGGAAGGGGCAAUCAAUCCCUGGCUCGAGCUAGUCAAGUGGCCGUUGCGUAUGUCGAACCACACGCUGAUCGGUAUACUGACGGCGCUUACUGAACGGGGCGGUGUAAAGUAUGGCUCGGAAGAGUACCAUUACUAUGUGCAGCAGAAGCAGGAACUUGUGAACGAGUUCCGUGAUAUGCUGGGUGAAACCGGGGUAUUUAUCUACCCGACCCAUCCGACGGUGGCACCGUACCACAAUGAGCCCUUGAUCCGGGCGCUUAACUUUAGCUACACCGCCAUUAUUAAUGUGCUGGGACUGCCGGCAACGGCCGUACCGCUGGGAUUGGGACGCGAAGGUCUACCGAUCGGGUUGCAGGUAGUGGCGGGAGUCAAUCAGGACCGGCUCUGUUUAGCCGUCGCCUGUGAACUAGAACGUGCCUUUGGUGGAUGGGUUGCACCGGAGGUGAAAGCCUAGAAACCUUGACUAAAAUUGGAAGCAGCAGCUG